AUGCGCAUACACGUGUUUGAUGCCGCGAGCAAGCACGCGAGCUUCUUUGCACCGCGUAGGCGCCUGUCGACAUUGCCCAACAUCCCGUCGUAUCUGCAUCCCUCAGCUGCCGGCAUCACCGUCUGUUUCGUCAAUGUGGGCUCAGACCAUCCGUCCAUCAUCGAAGCCAUCGUCAAGGGCAAGAGAGAGCGGCCAGACAAAUGGCCCCGGUUCAUAACCUGUCCAUCGGAGAUAACAGCUAUAUCCAUGGCAGAUGGCUACGCGAGAGUCUCCGGCCGGGCGCAAGCUGUCGUAGUCCAUGUCGACGUGGGCACGCAAGCGCUUGGACAGGGCCUACACAAUGCAAGCGUCGGGCGGGCGCCUGUGUUCAUCUUCGCCGGAUUGUGUCCCUAUACUGAGGCUGGGGAGAUGACGGGGUCGCGGACAGAGUAUAUGCACUGGCUGCAGGAAGCGCCUGACCAGAAAGCUAUCGUUCGCCAAUAUUGCAGAUAUACUGGCGAGAUCCGGACAGGGCUCAACGUCAAGCAGACCGUUGCACGUGCGCUGCAGUUUGCAAACAGCGGACCCAAAGGACCAGUCUAUGUUGCAAGCGCACGAGAAACACUUGCGGAGGUAAUCGAGGAGCCUUACCGGUUGGAUCAGGAACAGUGGAAAGCCGUCGGUCCCAGUGCUCUGCCAGCUGAUGCGGUUGAAGAGGCAAGUUCUACAUCUAUGCGCUUAUAA